AUGGACUGGGGGUAUUGUUUUAAAUGGGUAGCGACAGUCAUUAUUGGUCUGCUGGGUGCUAACUGGCUUUUUAACACUUUUUACUUAGACAUGAAGAGAGAUUUCACUUCCGUGGCAUUAAACCAGCAAUCUAAUAUUGCUAGUGUGCGUAAGGAGAAUGAAACGGCUUACUACAGGAACUUUUUGGUCCCAUUAGGCUUCCCACUCAUUACUGGCUUGGGUUUGUCGUUGAAGUACAAGAUCAGAAAUGGUAACUUCGGUGAUGUGUGGAAAGCUAUCAUGGAGCUCUCUAAAACGAAUAGUAUUGAAUUCACAAAUGAUUCUACUCACCUGUCCUUGGCCAAGAUCAACGGGAUGGCACAGCACUUACAAGAAACACUUUUAUCUAAAGGUGUGGGGAGUGUGGGGAUUGUGGUUUCACCUUCGUCCCUCGAAGGUUUCGUUAUCUCAAUUGCAUCCAUGAUCGGCUCUGUUAAAUCAUCGUGUAAACCACAUUUUUUAAGCUCAGUACCUCGUGAACGAUUGGAAGGCCUAGAUGUGUUGGUGAUAGAUUCAUGGAAUUCAUUUCGCAUGCUAAAUGGUAGCGAUAGAUGGUAUAAACUAGUCAUCGUUUGUGCAUCUCUGGAAACUGAGCAGGUUCCAGAAAAUGUCAAAUCCUGGCAGGAAAUUAUCAUAGGUCAUCAGGAAAAUGAACGUUUCGAUUAUGACCCGCCAGAAGACAAUUCGGAUGACUCUAAGGUAUUUGCCUAUACGACAUCACCAUACAAUGUAACCACUAGUUUUACACAGGGCUGUCUAGUGAGUGGCAUUGCCUCAUUUGUUCAAGGUUUUCCUGCUGGUCACGAACUGUCGGAGAAAGAUACUUUAACAGUUAGUGAGAGAUUGGGGAAAUCUGGCUUAGCAUUCCAUUUUUGGCACAAAGCACUCGCCGUUCUACUUCAUGGCGGCUCACUAUCUUUCCAAGACAGGAAAUCUUUGACACUAUCGGCACUCAAUAAUACAACAUUGUUAUUCAUUGAGCCAGAUGAAUUGUUGAGCAUAUUGAAGGAAAUAGACAUCAAGAAGAGCUCUAUCUUGAGCAGGAUUGGCUUUGCUUUAGCCACAGCGUUGCUCAGCGAGGGAGUUUUCACAAAUAUUGGUCAAUGUUCCUCGAGAUCAUUUGAUAGAUUGCGGUGUGUUUUCCUAGCUGAACUGAUAAGAGAUACGCAAUUGAUUGCUUCUUUCCCUAAAAAGAUUCCCGAGAUGAAGCAGCAAUCAUUACUAAAGUCAUUCACCACAGAGACUCUCAAUUUCAUGAGAGCGCAUCUGGGAGCAAGGGUUAUGGUAGAACUUUAUUGUCCCUUCAUUGUUAUGGGACCAGUAUGUCAGACCAAUUUUUACGAUUAUAGAGUGUUGCCGGCAUCUGUGGACUCCAAAUUCAUCUGUUGUGGGCCUCUUGCAACUAGCUUGGAGGGUAAAAUGGUUCGAACCGAACAAAAUCCCGAACUUGAUAUCACCAAAAGACAGGGAAUGUUGUGCAUACGUGGAUUUACCAUUGGCAAACCUGUCGAGCCAAACCGCUUGGAACGAGCCAUGGCUUUGUCUGAUGAUUUUGGAGGUGGCGAAGGUUGGAUGCCACUAGUUGGUGUAUUUGGCCUUUGGGGGCAAGACGGGUGCCUGUAUAUCUAUAAAUGA